CAAUUUCCAGAAAAAGGAAGCUACCUACACAAAGGGGUUCUUCUGUAAAACGCUCUAGAACAGAGUCAAGCUCAGAUACCGGUACUCGAGAAGCUGCAGAAGGUCUUCUCCAGUUGAUGUCAGGGCAGUAUACAGGGGAAGAGAAGUCUGCAGCUACAGAUGAUGGAUCAGCUACUGUAGACAGUGACAGUGAGAGAAAUACGCUGAAAGAUGCUUCUACUCAGACAGAAAAGAAUCUUAAUCCUUCCUAUGUAAAUGUGAAAAUUGAAAAUCUAGUAUUGAAAAAUGAGUUGGCUGAUUUGAAAAGCAAAAUUACCUCAAAAGAUGAACCUGUAAAGUUUUUUUGUGUGGAUGAUGUUAAGGAUAAUGAUAGAAAAUGCAAAUUUUACACUGGGCUAACUUGGUUACAGUUUUUAUGCGUUUGGGAAUUUUUGGGACCUGCAAUGGAAAAGUUGACGUACUGGAAUCAACCCCUUAAAUCAUGCCGAAAGUCACCAUCAAAAACACGAGGUACAAAACGCAAGUUAAGUGCGACGAAUGAACUGUUUUUGACGUUAGUGAGAUUGCGAACAGGAUUGCUCAAUGAAGAUUUGGGGUACAGAUUUGGCAUUACGAGUAGCACUGUGUCAAAAAUUGUUAUUACUUGGGUUCAGUUCAUGUACAAGCAGUUUUCUGGGCUUAAAACUGCCAUGUUUGCUCCAAGAGACGUCAUCAAGUCUAACUUGCCGCCUUCUUUUAAAGGAUUUAAAGGUGUUAGAACUGUGAUUGAUUGUACAGAGUUCCACGUUGAACAGGCAUCAAAUUUUGAAAGGCAAGGCAAUCUGUACUCCUCAUAUAAGGGACAUGGAACUUAUAAAGUGCUAAUUGGUGUAGCUCCUUGUGGCGCUGUAAUGUACGUGUCCGAUGCCUUUGAAGGAUCUAUGUCCGAUGUCGAAAUUGUAAAACAGUCAGGGUUUCUUGACCAUCUUAAAAGGGGCGAUCUUGUCAUAGCAGACAGAGGUUUUACAAUAAGAGAACUGUUGGGAGAGAGGGGGGUGGAUCUAAAUAUUCCUCCAUUUUUGCAUGGCAGAGAUAGGCUGACACCAGAUGAAGAAAAACUGACUAGACAAAUAGCAAGAGUACGAAUACAUGUAGAACGAGGAAUUGAAAGGAUAAAAAAAUUUAGAUUGCUUCAGAAAGUCAUUCCUCUGUCACUGCAGCCUAUAUUUUCACAGAUGGUAUUUGUUGCUGGAUGCUUAGUAAAUUUUCAGGAACCAUUGGUGAAUUUGCAGAAAUCUAAAUAAACACAUGUAUAUAUGUAAACAUUUUACUUUAUUAGGAGUUCAGACCUUGUGUGUACAAUUUUCCAACUGAAGAAUAGCAAAAAUACAUUCAUUAGUUUGAACUAUGCAAUUAUAUAAGUUUCCUAAUUGAGCAAUAAAUGUACAAAAGUUACAA